AGCUCUAAAGUGGUGGUCAAUGAGCAGCUUGAUGAUGGCAAGAAGCCCCACCAGUGCUUGGAAUGUGGGAAGAGUUUCCGCAGGAGCUACAACCUGCUCAUCCACCAGAGGAUGCAUACCGGGGAACGGCCCCACAAGUGUGGGGAAUGUGGGAAGAGCUUCAGGAUCAGCUCCCACCUGUACCGCCACCAGAAGAUCCACACUGGAGAAAGGCCCUAUGAGUGUGGGAAAUGUGGGAAGAGCUUCAGAGACACCUCUGACCUGAUGGUCCACCAGAGGAUUCACACCGGGGAACGACCCUAUGAGUGUGGGGAGUGUGGACAGAGCUUCAACGUCAGCUCCCACCUGAUUGCUCACCAGCGGAUCCACACCGGGGAACGGCCCCACGAGUGUGGGGAAUGUGGGAAGAGCUUCAGGUUCAGCUCCAGCCUGAAACUCCACCAGAGGAUCCAUGCUGAUGAACGGCCCUAUAAAUGUGGAGAAUGUGGGAAAGGCUUCAGGAAUAGCAGCCAUCUGAACCGCCACCAGAUGAUCCACACUGGGAUACGACCCUUUGUGUGUGGGGAAUGUGGGAAGGGCUUCCGUGACAGCUCUGACCUGAUCAUCCACCAGACAAUGCACACUGGGGAAUGCCCCUACACGUGCUCAGAAUGUGGGAAAUGCUUCAGCCAGAACUCCAAUCUGAUUGCCCACCAGAGGAUCCACACUGGGGAGAGGCCCUAUGAGUGUUCUGAGUGUGGGGAGAGGUUUCAGAGUCGAUACCGUCUCCUCAAGCAUCAGCAGAUUCACACAGAAUAGAGGCCUUUCUGCUACCCUGACUGCAGGAAGGGCUUUAAGAAAAACUCCACCCUCCUCACCCACCAGCGGAUCCACACGGGGGAGAGGCCCUGACAGUGUCCCAAGUGUGGGAAGAGCUUCUCCCAGAACUCUACCGUGACCCAACACCAAGGGAGGCAGCAGUAAGGGAUGCCCUACAAGUGCCCUGUGUGCAGGAAGAGCUUUGAGUGCUGCUUCAACUCCAUCCGCUAUUGGAGGACCACCAUUGGAUGGUCCACAGUGACCCUCACUGUGCAGAGACUUGGUCAUCCAUGGUCCUGGUGAUCCAUGUUGGGAAGACACCUGGCUGGUGGUCUCCACAUCUUCCUGGCUCCCCUUGAGCACUUUGACGCAGCCAGAGAAAAAUCCAUUGGGAUGCAAACAGACAUCAGAAUUUCAUAGGGGACAGCAGAGUUUUUCACUUUCGACCCCAAAAAGUCUCACCUUUUGCAUCCUAUCAUUUCUUUGAGUGGCAUCAAGGAAUACUGGAUUGUGUUGGAAGUCUUUUCCAACCUGAAUCAUUCCAUGAUUGUAAUUCUCUCUGGCCCACAGGCAUCUUCCACAGGCAAAUGGUGAUGGACUGGGGCAAAAAACCCAGGAUUUUGAAGACAGUGGAGUGGAAAUCCCUCUAGAAAAGGUCCUUUCUACCCGCCCGGGGACACGGAUACUCAGCAGCAUGGACACGUAAAUCCUUUUAUUUUGGCUUUGAUUUUCCUUCAUUUUUCUUCAUCCCUUCACCCAAACAUUGGGGUAAAAUAAAGA